UUCAGACAUAAAGGUAAAGAAAAUGUUUAACAUCUGUCUUGUUGUCUUCUGGCAGAUUUACAGAUCCCAGACUGAUACUCCACUCCCAUUGGACAAGGCUGAAAACUCGAUGACAUGUACAAAGGCUGCGAGAACAAGAUGGCGACCAAAGUAAUGACAGAGCUUUUGGCUAGAGAGAAAAAGAUGAGCAAAAAUUUUAGGCUGGCUUGGGACGAAGCGGCAACAGAGUAGAAUAAGAAAUGGAAGCCCAAGCCUAGGAAGUAAAAAUCCCAAGUUCUGGAGAAAGAACAAAACAUGGCCGUCUAUGCUUACACUCUGGACAAACCAGAAAUAUUCACAGAAUUCAACAACGCAUUGCGAAAACAGAGGGCUCAGUACACGAGCACGUUUCAGUAUCACUCACUGCACUUCUUCCUGACUGGCGCUCUCAGAGCUCUCAGAGCUCUCAACGCUUGUAAGCCAAACACAGAAAGAUGCUACCGGAGGGUCAACAGAAAAUUCGAGCUGGGCGUUCUCGGCAAAGAAAUCCGCUUUGGCGCUUUCACCUCGAGCUCGAUGGGAAACUAUCCCCGCAAAGAAAAAUUUGGCUACGAGACCUGUUUCGAGAUUUACACCUGCUUAGGAGCAGACGUCUCACUGUACUCCAAGUUUGGAGAAUCAGAGGGAGAAGUCCUGGUUCCUCCAUAUGAAAUCUUUAAAGUUACAGACAUAAAGCAGAGAUCUGAGAACGAGGAGCUUCCAUGUAACGUUGUGUUGACACUGAAGAGCACAGAAAAGGUUCUGUCCAACCUAAACUGCACAUUUCAUUGAUAAUUGAUCCAAAUAAAUCCUUAAAAAUUAUUUCCAAUUUUAGUGACACAUAAGAGCAGAUUCGAUUUAUUUUGACAUGUAUUUCUGUUUAAUUACUACUGUAUUAUCAAAAAGAAACAUUUUUAAAUUCGGAUAAAAGCUAAUACAUGCAUAGUUUCACCAUCAUAAACAUGAAGACCAUUUAAUGAAAUCAGGUCAAACAUAGCUUUGGAUGUAUUUUUGCUUUUAACUGAUGUUUAAAAAUGUAAA